AUGGCAUCACGAAACUUACCAGGAUCUUCAUCAUCGCAGUUCAUCGAUGAAGACCCUUUAAUAUUGGAUAACGUUGAUGACUUCAGCAGCGAUGAUGAAUUAGAUCUCAUACUUGAAGAUGUCAACAACGACGACGACCACAUCACACAAUCAUCUACACAUGUCGUUCCAGAGUUGAAUCAAGGUAUGCAGUUCCAGUCAAAGGAGGAAACUAUUCUUGCAAUCAAACAUUAUCACAUAACCAACGGUUACAAAUACACCGUUGUUGAGUCCAAACCCAACAUUUAUGUUAUUCGUUGUGUGGAAUAUCACAAUGGUUGUCAAUGGCGUCUGAGGGCAGCUUAUAGCAAAGUCCGUAAAUAUUGGGAAAUAAAAAAUAUAGACGGACAACACUCGUGUUUCUCAACAAUACUAUCUGAAGAUCAUGCAAAUCUUGAUAGUAGUCACAUUGCCACGAUCAUAUCAAACUCAAUCCGGACAAAUCCAUCCAUUCCAAUCAAGAGUUUGAUUGCAGAUAUUAAGGGUCGAUUAGGAUAUUCUGUGUCAUACAGAAAAGCUUGGAUCGCUAAACAUAAGGCUCUUGUUAUGGAGUUUGGAGACUGGGAGGACUCGUAUAACCACAUGCCGAGGUGGUUGCAUGCCGUGAAGGACUCAAACCCAGGUACAAUUUUACAAUGCACUGGUUCUCCGGUUCAUAUUGAUGGACAAACCGACAAUAAUUGCUAUAUUAUGGAAAGAGUUUUCUGGUCUUUCGGUCCUUGCAUACAAGGAUUCAAAUACUGUAAACCCAUUCUCCAAGUUGAUGGUACAUUUCUUACGGGUAAAUAUCAUGGAACUUUGCUCACCGCCAUAGGUCAAGAUGGCAAUAGAAAUAUUUUCCCAUUGGCCUUUGCCAUUGUAGAAGGUGAGACAAAGGAGGCUUUGAUAUGGUUCUUUCAACUACUUCGAGAACAUGUUUGCCAUCAACAAAAUAUUUGCAUCAUCACUGACAGAGGAAAGGGUAUACUAUCCGCAUUAAGAUCAGAAGAAGUUGGUUGGGAACAAGAUGGUUUGAACUCUGUCUAUUGCAUACGUCAUCUGGCAUCCAACUUCAACAACAAAUUCAAAAAUCACGACCUCAAAAAACAAUUCAUCAAUUUAGGUACUACUACAAACAUUCUUGAAACACUUUUACUAUCAAACAUUAUGUUACAAAUAUUGAAUUUAUUUGUAUAUUACAUCAUUACAGCUUAUGAGGUCAAGCAACCAACAGUCACGGCAAAACUUGCUGCAUUGAGAAACCAAUACCCACAACAAGUUCAAUGGAUAGAUAAAAUCCCAUUACAAAAAUGGUCUCAAGCUUUUGAUGGAGGGAGAAGAUAUGGACAUAUGACCACUAAUCUUGCUGAGUGCACAAACUCCAUUUUAAAGGGAGCACGUUCAUUACCAAUAUGUGCUCUAAUCAGAACAACAUUUGAGAGGACACAAUCAUGGUUUGUUGAACGCGGAUUAAAGGCAAACUGUAUGCUACAAGCAGGACACCAAUUUCCUGAAGAAAUUGCCGACAUCAUUAGGAAAAAUCAACAACAAUCCGCAUUUUGUCAUGUUCAUCGCUACAAUCGUGAAAAUUCUGAAUUUGAUGUUCAGGAAAUUUCAACACCUCACCACUACCGCCCUGUUCCACUUUCCUACAAGGUCAGAUUAAAUGAAUGGUGGUGUGAUUGUGGUCACUUCCAAGCUACUCGUCUCCCAUGUCAUCAUGUCAUUGCUGUUUGUGCAUUUUCGCAUAUCCCACUAACCCAAGUCAUCGAUCCAGUGUACAGUCUUAACAACAUUUUCAAGGCAUACGAAGUGCAAUUUCACCCAAUCCAAAAUCAAGAUUAUUGGUCUGCGUAUACAGGUCCAAACUUCAUACCAGAUCCUACAAUGCGACGCAAGGCAUCUGGUAGACCAUCUACAAAUAGGCUUCAUAAUGAAAUGGAUCAAUCCAAUCCAGAUAAGCCAAAAAAAUGCUCUUACUGCCGCAACGAAGGUCAUCAUAGGGGAAAUUGUCCCUUUCGGCAUUAG